AUGAGUGAAAUUCACAUCGAAGUUCAGAUCCAUGAGAUUCCCAAAGACCUCACUAUCGUUAGUGAACAUAAUAAGCCAUCCACUUACUCUACCGUCAUGGCUUGGGAUCAAGAAUUCAGUGUUAUCUUCAAGAGAUGGCAUGAACACCAUCAUCAAAGAGAACCCCUUGAAUGCUUCGAAUUCAUCUUCUACCCUCUUGGAAGCCCACACCCUAUUCCUUCAGGUGGCGGUCCUGGACCGGUCAAUAAUCCAGUGAUUAUCAAUCCCGAUGAUACCCCCAAGUCCCACGACUUUUCUGGUCAAGUCCCUCUCUGGGUCAAGAGAAAGCACCACCACGACGAAGAAGAGUUCAAAGCUGACGCUUAG